AUGAGCCCUUGUGUGCCGAAGAGAAACUUGAUGAGUUCCCCGAAGUUGGAGAUGUCUCUGGAACACCAGAUUCCUGUGUUGAUGAAAAAGACGCAGAUGAGUGGAGAUCGCCCCGGGUCACAGUGCGGACUGACCUCAUUGCUGCCCAUGUCGUGUGGGCGACGCGCGGCGGCGUUCGCGCGCGAUCUUCAUUCGCGUCUCAGCAACCUCGGUGGUGCUCACGACGACGACUGCGAGAACAGCUGGCUCACGCGAGAUUCCACAUCCCAUCGGCCCAACACAUCCACCAACCAGCGAGAACUCGACACAUUCUACGAUUUCGAGUUAGAAUGUGAGAGCCCCUCAAGUCCUGUCGACGACGACGAACACGUUUUCCCAGAACAAUCUCCCACCGAAGAAAAGGAAGCAACUUUCUACGAUGUGGUUAAUGAACCAGAACCAAAAGAACAAUCGAAAUUCUUAUUACAGCAACCCGAUAAAGGCAAAAAUGGUUUCAUAUUUUCUACAGCUUUUUAUACAGACCUUUCGCCAGUGAAAUUACAGCCAAUUCCACGUGAAAAUGGUCACACCGAUAAACGUUUAUAUUCUGCGAUCACCUUUGAAGGUUGUGCACGCCAAAAUAGCUUGGAUGAAAUUGACUGUGCUCUGCGAUCACCAACCAUAGUUAAUACAGACCGGCUUAGUUCACCUACUUUCCAAAGUGUAACAGUGGACAGUGACUCUGAAUUUGAAUCUGCUAAGAGUGAUCCUUCAGACGGGAUUGAUGAAGUAUUUGAAAAUGAAACCGCCUCCGAAUGCAACCUUGCCGAAAAUGUGGAAGUCUUGGCACUCGCAGAAGCCGAAAUUCCACUCGACGAAGAAGAGUCUCAAGAAACAACUGAGCAAGAAAAGGCCAUAUGCGAAGCUAUUAAAGAAUCUGUUGAAAUAAUUACAAGUGAAGUUCCUAUAGAAAAAGAAACAUCGCCAGUAAGAGAAAUACAGGCGUCACUUUUAAGUGCAGAAGUAACUGAAGAAAUCGAUGAAAAUCACAACGAAGAAGAUAAUAGGCCUCAACGUGUUCGACGUUGUUCUUCAUUAAAAACUGGAAAAACGCCGCCUGGCACACCGGGUCGCAAAAAAAUUGUUCGGUUUGCAGACGUGCUCGGUCUAGAUUUAGCAGAUGUGAAAACAUUUAUGGAUGAAAUUCCAGUCAUACCUAAAUCUGCAUAUGAUGAUUUGACCGGUUGUGACGUUCAGAGUUCGCCACCAGUACGAAGUCCCCCACGACUCGGCGCUCUCACACUAGUGCCAUUAUUUCAGCUGCCUCGCGAAAUCACCGAUAGACUCGAAAUGCUGAAUGUGAGCCUCGAGAGUGCGCGAGUGUGUGACGGAGUGCACGUGACAGUGUGCGGCUCCGUACGCGUUCGAAACCUGGACUUCCACAAGACUGUAAAUAUACGCUACACGAUGAACAGGUGGAAGACUCACACGGACCUUCAAGCAACAUACGUGCAAGGCUCAUGUGAUGGCUUUUCCGAUCGUUUUCAGUUCAUACUAUACGCACCAGCGAUAUCAUCGGGACAGCGUUUAGAGUUCGCAGUACGAUUCCUGUGUAAAGGCCAGCAGUACUGGGACAAUAACAGCGGAGCUAAUUACUGCUUCGAUUGUUUGGCACUGGGUGCAGUGGCGCCGGCGGGCGCGGCUGGUCCGUUGCAUCCGACAGUAGAGUGGCAUCCGUCGUUCUAUUGA